AUGCGAGCCACUGCAUGCGUCAAGGGAUACUUGGGGUUCUUGCUAGCACCUAGGCUUACGACGACAAGGCCAGUGAGCCAAGGCCUUGUUCGGGGACGACGAACAGCGUCUGUGCGGAGCGAAGCUCGCACUGCGCGACGAGUCAGCCGGGGUACGCGCUUGCCGUCUGCUAGAAGCACGUUUCAACAGCUUCAAAUGGUUCGUACGGAGUCUGCUAUGGUUGAACUCGGCACGGUUAUGCCGGCGUUUGCUUUACCCGACGUAACUACAGGAGAAAUCGUGUCUCUCGAUUCGCUCUACGCGGACAGUCCGCCGCCGAAAGCCCUCGUUGUGGUGUUCUUGGCUGCGCACUGUCCUUUUGUGAAGCACAUUGCUGGCGAGCUCUCUCGGUUGAGUGCAGAUAUUAGUUCUGGAAAGUUUGGCCCGGUGAAAAUGGUUGGCAUCAGCAGUAACUUUGUCGGAACACACCCGGACGACGCACCGGAGCGUAUGGCGGAGGAAAUCAAAACGCGUCGCUAUCAGUUUCCGAUUCUCUACGAUGAAACACAGGAUGUUGCUCGUGGCUGGAAAGCCGCGUGCACGCCCGACUUUUACCUUCUGGAUCACGAGCGCAAGCUGUUCUAUAGGGGGCGUUUGGACGGCAGUAGACCCGGAAACGAUAUUCCUGUGACAGGUGAGGACCUCCGGAACGCCAUCCAGUUAUGCGUGAAUGGACAGUCACCUCCGGAAAAUCAACUGCCGAGCAUCGGAUGUAGUAUCAAGUGGAAGCCGUCGUAA